AAUGCGUUUAUAAAUUGUUAUUAUUCUGGGGUGAGGUUUGUGUUGUGUUUAAGAAAUCGCGUCGUUGUUUUUGUUAAAUUGUUUUCAAAAAUGGAUACGCAAGAUAUCGACCAACGACUGCGAGAUUUACAAACCGAAUACCAAGAUUUUUUGGAUGAUGAAGAAGAUCAAGGUAAAUACUCUCAGCUAGUUAAAGAAAUGAUAGCAGAUAAGGGCAGUCGGUUGCUCGUCAAUAUAAAUGAUCUGAGGCGAAAGAACCCGAAAAGAGCACACUCCCUUCUUAAUAACGCCUUUGAGGAGCUGUUAAGUUUUGAGAGGGCUCUGAAAGAAUACGUAUCCCACGUGAAUCCGGAAUAUGCUAAAGAAAACGAAGAGUUCUUUAUCGGUUUCGAAGGCAGUUUCGGUAGCAAGCACGUAACACCCAGAACGUUGACCUGUAGGUUUCUGGGUAACUUAAUAUGUGUGGAAGGAAUUGUCAGCAAGUGCUCUCUCGUUUACCCGAAACUCGUACGCAGUGUGCACUAUUGCCCAGCGACUAAGAAAUUUACAGAUAAAAAAUAUACUGACCUGACAUCAUUGGAAGCGGUACCCACUUCAGCUGUAUACCCAACGAAGGAUGAGGAUGAUAACAUUUUGGAAACGGAAUUUGGCUUGUGUAAGUACAAGAAUCACCAGACCAUUGCUAUUCAGGAAAUGCCAGAAAAGGCGCCAGCCGGUCAACUACCAAGGACCGUAAAUAUUAUUUGCGACAACGAUCUCGUGGAUAAAUGCAAACCUGGCGAUAGGAUUCAGGUUGUCGGAAAUUACAGGUGCCUGCCGAACCAUCAGGGAAAUUUUACAAAUGGUGCUUUCAAGACAAUCGUCAUAGCCAGCAAUAUAAGACAACUGAGCAAAGAUACCGUCCCGCAAAUAUCGAGGGAAGAUGUGGCUCGUUGUAAGCAACUUGCGAAGUCGCACAAGAAUAUCUUCAAUCUUCUCGCGAAAUCUCUGGCGCCUUCCAUAUAUGGCCACGAAUAUGUCAAGAAAGCAGUUCUGUGUCUCCUGCUAGGCGGUGUAGAAAAAGUGUUACUAAGUGGUACUCGCUUAAGGGGUGAUAUUAACGUUCUCCUUAUCGGCGAUCCCAGCGUUGCCAAGUCUCAACUGCUGCGUUACGUGCUCCUUACGGCACCCAGGGCCAUUCCCACUACUGGUAGGGGUUCCUCAGGUGUCGGUUUGACAGCUGCGGUGACCACUGAUCAAGAAACCGGAGAAAGGAGGUUGGAAGCCGGUGCCAUGGUGCUGGCCGACAGAGGAGUGGUGUGUAUCGACGAGUUUGAUAAGAUGAGCGACAUCGAUAGGACGGCUAUACACGAAGUUAUGGAGCAAGGCCGUGUCACCAUUGCCAAGGCUGGAAUCCAUGCGAGUUUGAACGCGAGAUGUUCGGUUUUAGCCGCUGCCAAUCCGGUUUACGGGAAGUAUGACCAGUACAAAACGCCGAUGGAAAAUAUAGGGUUGCAGGACUCUCUGUUGUCUCGUUUCGAUCUACUUUUCGUCAUGCUCGACAACAUCGAUGAAGGAACCGAUCUCGAAAUAUCCGAUCACGUUGUCAGAAUGCACAUGUAUAGGAAUCCUUUGGAACAAGACGGAGAGGUGUUGCCGAUGGGCUCGACCGUCGACAUAUUGAGCACUUACAAUCCCGACGAGGACGAAACGAAGCAAGUUCCGAUGUACGAAAAGUACGACAGUUUGUUGCACGGCUCAAGUCGAAAGCGUACCGAUAAAAUAUUGAGCGUCGAUUUUAUGCGAAAGUAUAUACAUUUCGUCAAAAUUUUGAAACCGAAGCUGACCGAUGAAGCAUGCGAAAUAAUCGCCAACGAGUAUUCCAGAUUGAGAUCCGAGGAGAUGCUGGAAAAUGACGUUGCACGGACCCAGUCGGUAACGGCUCGCGCAUUGGAAACGAUGAUACGUCUUUCGACUGCGCACGCGAAGGCCAGAAUGUCCCGAACCGUAACGGCAGAGGACGCCCGCUCCGCAAUCGAACUGAUUCAGUACGCGUACUUUAAAAAAGUGUUGGAAAAAGAAAAGAAGAGGCGGAGAGCGGGCGACGAAGGUACCGACACCGACGACGAUGACGACGACGACGACGACGGCAAUCAACGACGACCAAAGAGGACCAGACACCGAUCGGAUGCUGGCGAUGAUACGGAAGAAGAAAUUGCCACCUCCCAGAGUUCAACGAGAUCUUCACGAAGCACGAGGCAGACAAAUGUUACCGCUACGGAAGAAUCGGAAAUGCCGCACACUGGUGACACAAACGGCCAUGUUGAGAUGGAGGUGGACGGUGAUUCUUUGCAGGAGAUUUCCCAAGAGAGACUUGAAUUGUUCAAAAAGAGUUUAUGCCAAGUGUUCCUGAAAAUCCCCGAACAGGAGUUGAGUUUAACAACUGUCGAAGAAAUGUUAAACAGGAAUAACGGAACUCCUUUUUCACGAGCGGAGAUUAACUCGGCGAUCGCAAAAAUGUCGGAAGAAAACCAGGUUAUGCUGGCAGAUGGGAUACUUUACCUUAUUUAAUGUUUUGUUCUACCAGUUCACGUUCCGUUUUUAAUAAACAAAGUACUAUU